CUGCACACACACACACGCACACACACACACAGCAGCAGCAGCAACAACAGACACAGACUUUUCUCCUUUUCCUCCGUCUGUUCUCAUCUGUUCCUCUUGGUGUGUGUUUCUUUAUUUUUUAUUUUUUUAUCUGUGCGUGUUUGCGUCUCCUGCUGGCUAUGAGGAAUUUCUUGUGUCCGUAGUUUUUUUUUUUUUUGAUCACUCCGGUGUCUUUUUUUUAUUUGAAUUAUUUGAAUUAUUUUUUUGUGUAUCCAUUUUUUGUUUUUGGUCGGGUGUCGUUAAGGAUCUAAAGUGAACCAUGUCGAGGAGUGCGGAGGAGGUGAACAAGCUCACUGAAAUUACAUACAAGAAUGUGAUGGAACAGUUCAACCCGGGACUGAGGAAUAUGAUCAAUCUUGGCAAAAACUAUGAGAAAUCAGUGGCUGCAAUGAACCUGGCGGGAAGGUUGUACUUUGAUGCAAUGUCCAAGAUUGGGGAGAAUGCCGCUGUGUCUCCUGUCUCCAGAGAAUUAGGCGUCGUGCUGAUGGAAAUCUCAGAAGUCCACAGGAAGGUUCAUCUUGAGAUGGAGGAAAAUUUUAAAAGGUUCCACAGGGAGAUAAUAUCCGAGCUGGAGAGAAAGACCGACAUGGAUGUCAAAUACAUGACAGCCACGUUCAAGAGAUAUCAGAUGGAGAACAAGAUGAAGCAGGACUCUCUGGAGAAGUCCCAGUCCGACCUGAAGAAGCUGAGACGGAAGAGCCAAGGCAAGAACGCCAACAAGUACGAGAGCAGGGAGAGCGAGUGUCUGGAAACACUGACGAGCCGUCAGAUGGACAUGCAGUUGUUCGUCGCAGAUGGCUGCAAGGAGGCUCUGCUGGAGGAGAAGAGGCGCUUCUGUUUCCUGGUGGACAAACACUGUAUGUUAACCUACCAGAUGGCCUCCUUCCAUGAUAAGGCCCGAGACAUACUGACGGAGAAGCUAAGCACCUGGCAGGAACAGUGCAACGACGCCACUAACAUGCCUGAGAGCGUGCUGUCGAUGAUCGAGGGCCUGCGGACUCAAGUCACCAUCACGCCUCUGCCCUCUCCGUCCCCGUCGCAGCGCAGCUUGCAUAUCAGCACUCCUGUGGCUCCACCUCUGAAGCCUCAGACCAGCCCUCUGGCUAACUUGUUCUCCCAAGAGAACAAGACGACUACUGUGACCACCACCAACAACAAAAGCAUAGAUCACGGCAACAGUGUGGACAGUGCCAUGGCCCGGUCUGUGUCGGUGGCGACCGGCCUCAACCACAUAACCACAAAGAGGCCUCGCGUGCGCACUAUCUUCCCUCACACUUCGGGCAACAACAGCACACUGCUCAGCUUCGACGAGGGGGACGUCAUCGUCCUUCUCAUCCCCGAAGAGAGAGACGGGUGGCUGUACGGCGAAAUGGAGAAGAACGGAAAGAGGGGCUGGUUCCCUUCAUCUUACUGCCUUGCACUCUCUGAGCCAAUCAUGAAUAACAACAGCGUGUCUGUAACACCGUACCGCAGCAGAAGUGUGGUCAACCUGCACCAUCAGGACACGGAGACGGACGAGGCAACCAUGGUGCUCCCCGCGGCGGACUACAGUGACUCCUCGAAGCACAGCGGCGUCAAGAACAGCAGUUUAUCCGCCAGCGCAGUCACCACGUAUAACAACCACCAGCACUCCCCUACGCCGUCUGCCGCCUCCUCCUCCUCCUCGUCCGAUCACAACACAGCAGCGCAGCCUAACGGUGUCUCGAGACCUCCACCUGCUUUCCUCGGAGGAGGGAACCCAUUCGCCACAGUCAGGCUACGUCCAACCGUCACUAACGACCGCUCCGCGCCAGUCAUCUGAUCUGUCCACAUUUCCACCACCCAGCUUUGGUUCCCUCAGCAAUCUUCCAGUGUCCUCUGCCCGGGACAUACAGCACUGUCCUGCCUUUACUGACCAGCAGCUGUCCCCGGUCUGAAUGAGACCAGACACAAGUUAGCCAGCACUGAGAAAAAAAAUGCCAUUUGAAUCUGGGAUUCCCUUCCUGCUGCAAACUCUCAUAUGGAAGUAUUUUUGGACUAUUGUAUUGACAGAGCGGAUGCUUAUAUAUUGAAAUGUAUGAAUUGUCUAUGUCCUUUUUGUGCUUCUGUGUACGGUGGCGACGUUCGAACGACCACAGUCGUACCCACACUUGAGAGCUGUAGACGAAUUAAAAAUAAGCGGUCAACGGAAAUACUGAAAGAUAUUUAUGCCGUUCGCGGCGAGGAAACAAACUGUUGGAAAUCAUUUCUGUUGCCAUAGGACAGUAAAUGAAUGUAGACGACGUCUGUGUUUCACCCUCAGGUCCUUAUGAAAAAUGUUGUCAACAAGUGAAAAUUGCAAUCAUUUAAAGAGACGCAUCAGCACACAAGUGAUCUUUAUCCCCCCCAAAUCCUUUGUAUAUAAAUAUUCCAUCGAUUGACGUUCCUGGGCACAGGACUCUUGCCUUAAGGACACAAACAGUACUAACUUGUGGACAUGAGUUGUGGCAAAAAAAACAAAAACCCUCCUCUUUACAUUUGCUUCGAUUACACACAGACCAGUCUGCACGCCCACUUUGGUCUUUGACGGCCCGCAUUGCUCCCUUGAUAGAAUGUGCUGUUGGAAAAAUAAAGAUUUAUUUCUUCAA